AUGGGAACUGCUAGCGGCCUGUCCCACUAUAUAUAUGCAUGGGAUAUGGCAUUUAAAUCGAUCUCGAACUUCUUCGUGGAUCUUGACCAAAAGCCAGACGAGGCACUAUACACUCACUUUAGACAGAAAUAUCCCAACGCAAGCGCCAAUUUCAAAGCUGGUGACUCAAAGAACUCAAAAGCAUUUAUACCAAGUCCCUCCCUCAAACAACUACCAUGUCAGAGACCGGACGGCUCUAAUUUAUAUAAUCCCGCAUUAAAAGUCCAGCUUGACCAGUUGGCCCUCACACAGCCACUUGUGUACCCCGACGACGUCCCUUUCUCGACAUUUACCAAUAUAUCCCCGUCAUGCAACCCCUGCAAGACCCCUGAAGAAGUAUUGACUGAUAAAAAUCGCUCCAUUGAUCUUUUAACCCAGCCAGUAACAUUUGAUGCUGUGGAUUCAAAUACGAUACCUUGCACUUCGUCUAUGGACCAGUCUCUGUUAUCACACUCCGCCGUGGACUCGGCGGCUGCUUUGCCACAAAUGCCGGUGUCGUUUGAAACGGGCCUCUCGGCGGGUGAGAUUGAACAGCGCAAUAUCAAUGCACCUGCCACCCUUCUUCACGGCAUGCCGGACCUCAGUACCUUGAGCAACGUACCGAAUGGUCUGCACCUUGGCCGUGACGCAGCUGGUGUGACGGCUAAUGGUCAUAGAGAGUCAGCAGGUUCCCCAAGGAAUUCUGACUUUGGUGAUGAUUUCCGGUUCCACUCCACAUUGCAUGCAGCCACUGCCAUGGUGCAGGGUCCAGAUGAUAUACCCAUAACCUACCUUAACAAAGGCCAGAUAUACACAUUGACCAUAUCUGAUGCCGGUGUCUCGGACGUUGGUGGUCAUUAUCCUACAAAGUAUCGUACCACGGUACGGAUAACUUUUGACGACGAGAAACAACGUUUAAAGCCGGCGAGCUAUUGGAAAUUAUGGCAAGAGGGCCGUGGUGCCAACAGGGCUUAUCAGAGUGAGAGCACACUGCUGGCAGUUGAAUAUGUACCACACAGCCAGGGUGAAGAUUUGCAGCCUCGGUAUCGGCAAGUUCAACUAGAACAUAACAGCCUCGACGGAUUUUCGGUAAUAUGGACGCCUCAUCAGAUUAAUAAUCGGCGAGACUGCGCCAUAUAUGUUCGAUUCAACUUUGUGUCGACGAGUUUUAGUUAUUCCAAGGGAGUGAAGGGAGUUCCCCUCAGACUCUGUGCAAAGACGGAGGCGAUUUCAUCGUCUCACGAGAUGCCUGGAGCGUCAAACUACUCUGAAAUUAGCUACUGUAAAGUCAAGCUAUUUCGAGAUCAUGGGGCGGAGAGGAAGCUUUCAAAUGACCUUAUCCAUGUGAAAAAACUUAUUCAACAGGUGAAGGAACAGAUCUCCGAAGCUACACUGGGAACUUCCAAUGGUGGCAAGCGAAAAAGGUGCAAUGGGUCUGGAUUGAUCACUGGAAACGAGUCCACGACAAAGACACGGAAAUGCUCCAAAAUCCCAUGGUCAUAUGGCCAGGACCUUGCAAUGAAAGGGCCCUUUGAGGAUGAUCUUCGUAUGGAGCUGAAGCGGUUGACGGAUAAGACUAUGUCCAGGCGGGAAGUCAGCAUCCUUAAUCUUAGGGGAGAGCCUCAAGAUGACAUGGACCUGUUCCCCUUGGAGAUGGAUACACGACGGACUAGUGCUGAUGCCCUUGGGCCAGACGCCGAAACGGAGAGCAAAGCUUCAAUAAAAGAUCCAAAAUAUUGUUUUUAUGUGCAACGACGGCAAAAUAACAGAGGGAAUGAAGGUUACUUUCACGCAAUAUAUAUCCAGCAGCUAACAGCGAAAGCCUUCACCGACGCCCUGGUGAAGAAGUGGAAAUUCAAGACGACGGGCAAGGUACACACUCUGUUGAUCCACGAGGAUGGGCUGAGUGUUGUUGCUGAUGACCUCGCAGUGCAAGCACUGCCGGAGGGAAAAGGAGUAUUGUUCGAUUUUCUGGAAGUGCAUGAAGAGCCUUUGGACGUUAAUAUGGAUUUUGAUUCGGACACAGCGCAGGAGCUAUAG